UGCUAUUGGCAAGCUCAGGGAUGUUAUUUUGGGCAGUGUGCAUGGACUUGGCUUAAGUGGCAGGAGCCAAACUCCUGCCCUACUGACCUCUCCCCUGGAGGAACACAACAGGGGUAAGAGGCAGGCUCAAACUGAGGACUUGAAGACAGCAGAGCUCCAGUGGCAGCAGUGAUGGUGGAGCAGAAUCAAAACCACUUUCAACAUUAACAGAUGGGUCCAGACAGAGGCUGACAAACAGCUCUUCAGCAGAGCCCUAGGUUCCUCUCCUGAGUCCAUAGCACCUAAAAAUCAGAAAGACAAACAAUGGCUGAAACAUCCCGGCGGCCUGUGCUCAGGACCAUACAAUCAAUACUGCAGAAGGAGAUGGUGAGAGAGUUCCUGGGUGAGACCAUGAGCACCUUUGUCAUGAUGGUAUUUGGCCUUGGUUCCGUGGCUCAUAUGGUUCUAGGAGACCAAAAGCUUGGGAGCUAUCUUGGUGUCAACUUGGGUUUUGGCUUCGGAGUCACCAUGGGAGUGCAUGUGGCAGGAGGCAUCUCUGGGGCACACAUGAACGCAGCUGUGACCUUUGCCAACUGUGCACUGGGCCGGAUGCCCUGGAAGAAAUUCCCUAUAUAUGUGCUGGGCCAGUUCCUGGGUUCCUUCUUAGCUGCAGCCACCAUCUACCUACUGUUCUAUCGUGCCAUUGACAAUUUUUCGGGCGGAGACUUGUUGGUGACAGGACCUGUGUCCACUGCAAAGAUUUUUGCCACCUAUCUUCCUGAACACAUGACGUUGUGGCAGGGCUUCCUGGAUGAGGUAUUAUUGACUGCGAUGCUCCAGAUGUGUCUCUUUGCCAUCACAGACAAGGACAACAGUCCAGCACUUCCUGGGACUGAGGCAGAGGUGAUAGGCAUCCUUGUUUGCAUUAUUGGGGUGUCCCUAGGCAUGAACUCGGGAUAUGCAAUCAACCCAUCCCGUGACCUGCCUCCCCGCUUCUUCACUUUCAUUGCUGGCUGGGGCAAAGACGUAUUCAGUGCCGGGAACAACUGGUGGUGGGUACCAGUGGUAGCACCCAUCCUGGGUGCCUACCUAGGUGGCAUUGUGUACCUGGGCUUAAUUCACUCCAGCAUACCUCGGAACUCUUGGAGACUGGAAACUUAUGCUGUAGACCGGAAGAUAACGGAAUCACCCAAGGUUAUUACUCUAACCCCAGCUUCCAACUAACUUGCCCCACCCCCAAGUGGCUCUAUGCCUUUAGAGCAAUUGUAAGUACAGCCAUCUAUGCCCACAACUGUAUUACAAUAAAGCAACACCUUACUUGUA